AUGAGAUUGUGUGCAUGCCUUACUAUAUUUCUUAUCUUUACAAUAUGCUCAGCUGCUGAAUUCAAAUUAAGCGAUUCAAAACUCUUGCUACCUUAUUUCAGUACUGCUUCUGUUAAUUAUACUCUUAGUGGCUCGGCUGGUUCCUGCUAUGAAUGGUGGUCGGGUACUCCUGAGGUAGUCGCUGUUGUUCCCAUAGGAGAUUUUGGGAAGACAUGUACAGAAAAGGCUUCAGUUACCGCUGUCUGGCAGUCUUCCCUUCGCCGCACAGCAACAAUUUACGCUCGCGAUACAGUUACUUCCCAUGUCCUUAAAUGUGAUGUGAUCGUUGAUGACAUUCACAGUAUAAAAGUUGACACAACUACACAAGAGCUUUAUCUUCAUAACACGCCCGAGUCAUUAGUAGUUAUCGCAUAUGAUGAAUUCGGAAAUAAAUUUUCAAGUCUGGAUGGAAUUCCUUUUGAAUGGAAGAUCCAGCCUGGAAGCGAAAAGGAUUCAAAGGUGACGGGGGAUGGGGUGCUUCGUUUUCUCUCUUGGACUGAAUCCGAAUAUACCACCUCUGGUCGAAUUAGUAUGUUGGAAGAGGAUGGACUGCAGGGCUACAUGCAAUUGGUUAGUGGUCUUCGAACAGGUUCAGCGGUUGUUAGCUCCGCUCUCCGAGAGCCUGCUUAUAGUCAUGUACACCCCGCGAUGGUUCGUCUGCUCGUUAUGGCAAAUGCUCAACUGAAUCCGCCCGUUCUAUAUCUUAUACCGAAAGCGCAAGCCCAUCUUCAAGUUAUCGUAGUUCGUCAGGAUGCUGACGAAGAGGUUAAAAUGCCCUCAAACCAAUACUAUCUCUCUGUGUCUGACGAAAGCAUAGUAGAACUCGAUGCCAAAUCAGGCUCUUUGAUUAAUGCUGAAAGAAAUGGGCAAACUACAGUAACUCUUUUGGACAAAAAUGUUGAGGAGGCAAUUUCUUUACUUGGAUCAAAUGUUGGGGACACAAUUGACUUAGAUCCACAGAUGGUUGCUCACCACAGGCGUCCCAUGUCAAUAGUUAAUGUAGUUGAACCUGCCUACUUCCGAUUCUCGGUUCAGCCGGUGAACGAAGAUGCCUUUUUAUGCGUCAAAGCUGCUCGCCAAUCUUCACAAGCAUUUGGUCAGGGAAAGUUCAACCAUUGGACUCUGGAAACUGGGAAGAAAUACAAUCUCCAGUUAGAUUUAUAUGAUCAGAAUAAUCAUCGCAUUUUCCCUUCUGAUAACAUUCGAAUCUCCGUGGAAUUUCCUAAAGAUUCUAUGGAAGUUUUAAAGAGCUCACAGAAUGGAACAUCCCAUAUAGUGGUUGCGCGUAAGACUGGAAUGAUUACGGUGAAGGCUACACUUGAGGGCGUUAUGACUGGUAAUGAGAAGUUGAAGCUUUUCAGUCACCCUAUUAUGGGUAGUCAAGAGUUGGCUGCAUACUCACCCAUUCAAAUUUAUCCAAAGCAAGUCCAUCUCGCUUGGGAUGUAUCAAUGAACACCAGCGAAGGAUUCAAUCUUUCUGCCAAAGGCGGAAGUGGGGAUUACAUCUGGACAGUGCUUUCUGAUAAAAAUAAUGAAGAUGUUAGUGCAGCCAACGUAUCACAAGAUGGGUUUCUGUUUGUCAAUGGAAUUGGUUCAGCUGUGGUUGUUGUCUCCGACCUUCGCAAUCCAUCUAUGUGCUCUCAUUCCACAGUCCAUAUUAACUACCUCGCUGAUCUGGGCUUUUCGCAAGGUCGGGUUGAAAUUUAUUUGCCAAAAAAUCCCCUUGGUGAGAGUGAGAAUCGUCUUUCAUCAGUAUUGUCUACUCGUCCAGUUGAGCUGGAUAUGUUAGAUCUUUUACCGCAUUCUCAGCAAUUUGAUCAGCAUCCUCUUAAUCAACAGGAAAAAAUGGGCAACUCUGUUUUAUCUGUGGGUUUGAAAGCAGUCGAUUUUGAUGGAAAUCCAAUUACCUUUUGCCAUAAUCUUCCAAUUAGUGUAAGGCCAGUUGACCCGUCUCUUGUCAAAGUGCUUCCUGGUGUUCAAUAUCUCCCUCCAUCAGUCAUAAACGAACGCAAUUCAAGUGCUUGUGCAUUUGUUCGGGUUAUUGGCUUAAGAGAAGGUUUCACCGAACUUGAGGCUUAUUUCACUACUGGGGAACAGAAAGGCGAGCAAAAGGCGAUUUCAAAAUUUCCUGUCGUCGUAUAUAAGGACAUCUCCUUCGUGCCAAAUAAUGCUUUUGUUGCUAUUGCCACUGGGUCUUCAAGACGCAUUUCUUUCACAGAUGGUCCUAAUCCCUGGGAGUUGGAUGUCACUUCACACUUCGUGGAGUUAGAAUUCACGGAAGCACCAAUGGGCAAAAAAAAUCCUUCCAUUCGUCAGAAGCCACAGGCCUUUGCGUUUCAAGGUAAUGCCAGCCUCUCGGGCUUCACUUUUGUCCUGCAUUGCGAAUCUUCCGGAAAUUUCGAAGUUAGUGUGAUUGUCGGCAACCGACCAUCUUCUACAAAUCCACUACCUGCUGUCUUAUCAACUCCACUUUCGGUAAUUUGCGACAUUCCAUCAAAAAUUGAAUUGCUUCCCCAUUUGGAUUUGCCCACUCUCCCUAAGGGCUUUCCCGUAUGCCCAAUUAUCAACCGAUCUUUUGGCAAUUCAGACGAUUUUAUUCCAUUUUCUAACAAUGCCCCGUUGAACGUGGAAGUGGUCAUCAAGGGUUUCUCUGGUCUUGAAUUGUCUGGUGUAGAUUCAAUUGAAAUGAGCACUCAUAUUACUGUCGGUAACAGAGAUAAAGCUGAAAAUCUUGUCAUUGAUUAUCACCCGAAAAUUCUUGGAUCUAAACAAACCGGAGAUUCCAUUUCGCCUUCUCGACCUCAUUUCAUAAUCACGCCGAAAAUUCUAGGUGAAUCCGCAGGUUUAAUGCAUGUUAAAGUGGCAGCCAAACACAAGGGAGAACAAACCACUGAUCUAGAAUCCCUCUUAAAUCUUAAAAUGGCUCCUAAAGUUGUUAUUGAACCCUUGGAUGAUUUCCAACUUUUGCUCCACCCGAACGCUUCUACCAAUGUCCACCUUUCCCAUGGGUCGGGUUUCUUCCACUUUGAAAUUCUCUCCGGUUCGAAAGCAGUAGGUCAAGCCUGUCUGUCAUCGGAGGCAUUAAAAUCCCAACGAGACUUCGUCCUACAUCCCAAAUGUAAAGGCAAAGUGAUUAUUAGAGCCACUGAUCUCUGUUUCCUUGCGGAACCGGUUUAUGGACACGAGUCUGCCAAAACUGCACCUGCUUAUGAUGAACGUGUAGUUUCAGUAGUGGGUCUCGGUUCACUUCGACUCUACGCUCCCGCUCAAAUGGAAGUGAAUUCAAAAGCCCCGGUUUAUAUCCGUGCAUUCGAUAGUGAGGGAACAGCACUGUCUGCUCAAUUCGUGAAUCUCUUAGACUUGCACGUGACUGCUGCAUCCCCUGAGGGUGAUCAGUCAGUCACUUUUACCUGUCAAGACUCCGCAGAAACUUCAAAAGGCUCAUAUUGGCUCUCAAGGCCAAGUACUGGCAACCUUCCAGGUCUUGCAAAAGUUAUUAUCUGCGGUCAAGCUCUGGGUCUCUCGAAGCUUAAAGCCGUUUCUGGUUAUGUGACUAGCAAUAUAGAGCCUGUCAAUGUCUUCGCACCACUAAGCUUAAUUCCUUGCGAUUUUAACCUUCUCUUGGGUGCUGCACAUCAAAUUACAACUUCAGGUGGUCCAUCCUCGAGGUCGCUGAGUUUUGAAGUUUCCACCGAGAGACCUGGACAACCGAAAUUAAGCUUUACAGAAGUGGGGGAAGAUGGUGAAGGAAUUCUUCUUCGCGCAGAGUUGGGCAAAGUUGGCAGCGCUUCAGUUUCCGUCAAAACGACUAGCUCCUCUGGUUAUGCGGGUCUAGAUACCAGGGAUUUCGAGGCCUGGGGCCUUACUCCUCCCCCGAAAAGUCUUUCUUCUCAGGCCUCCUGCCGAGUGAAUGUUGUUGCCCUCUCGGGAAUUAGAAUUGGUUGUCCGCUCCCAUUGACAUCUAGUGGUAGUGGUAGUGAGGUACGUAUUCUCGUUGCUUCACCUAAUGGAAACACGAGUCUUGGUGGUGUUCCAAUUUGGGCUGAAGGAAUUGCUACGUUGGGCGGAAAUGAACUAACUGUUACCCCAAUGGGUAUGGCUGAUGUACGACCUCCACUACACUUUGCUUGGCGUUUAUCCCCACCAAUGCCCAGUGCUCCUGCACAAUUGUUCCACUGGCUCAGUAAACUCAAUGUUGAUCCUGACGAUACGACUUUGUCUUCUGGGAUGGUACUUGUCGGUGUGACACCCGGUCAAGUGAAAUUGCAUUUGACCGUAUUUACUGACGAUGAUGCCCUAAUGGGACAGUUGACAUCUCAUCCAACUUCGAGAUCUUCUCAACCGGUCAAACAGCUCUCUGCUGAGAUCACCUUCACAAUUAUUCCACAUUUGAGUUUGAUUAACCCACCUCAUCAAAAUCCACGCAUAUUGGUCUCCCCAAAUAGCCGACUUCAGCUUACACUGCCUCAACAUGUUCUUAUGGAAGGCGUUGUCGAAUAUUCAAUUCAAUGUCCAAGCAACUCUCCAACUACUAUGCUCCGUGUUUCCUCCACCGGCCAACUAGAAGCCGGUAGCCACGAUCGUUGUGGUGUUUGGUCUGACUGGCGUCUUAAUGCCUGUCGCUGCCGUCUCCGCAUUGAUUAUCGAUCUGCUAUUGCUGGUGGCUCAGAACGUAAUGAACGAAGUCACCAGUCUCUCGCGUUGGAUGUCAUCGUUAAGCCACCACACUAUGUCCUGUCGCGUGCUCUGUCUGGACCAAUUAGUCUAUUGAAAAGUAGCGGGGGCCUUCCUUUCGGUGGGCCAUAUCCUGUGGCACUAUCACUGCAUGACGAAAUCGGUGAAACUUUUGAUGCUGUUUCUGAGAAUCUUCUCUCCUUGCAACUACAAGCUCAUCGUUCGGGUCUUCUCGACUUCUCGAUCGACCCCAACGCGGGUCAGAUUGGAGGACAACUGCUUCUUCGCCUAACACCACCUCUUCAUGCAAGCAUUGAUUCACAGACUCAAUCUGCCACAAUCCUUAAAAUGAGCCACGCAGCAUCUACCCAGCUUGCACCAAGCUAUCUUACCAUUCCUAUUGGACCUCUACUGACCAUCAACGGAGUCUCCGAGUUUACUGUUGGUCAGUGGGCAUGUCUUCCACCUCUUCCACAAGGUGACGGCGUGUGGUCAUCAAGUGAUCCUACCCUUUUGUGGAUCGAUAAUGCAUCGAAGUUUUUACUCCCUCUUCGAGCCGGUAAUGUGCACUUACAGUUCACUCCAACAGGCUCAAAAAUCGCCAUACUCGGAAAGUUGACCCUGUCGAGUGUCUGCUCGAAAUUUAGUGAGGAAGUACAGGUCAAAUCAUCCACCAUGCCUGUUGGACUUGAAUCGACUCAAGAAGUUGCUAUUCACGUUAAACUUGCUUCGAAAACUGCUUCUAUUUCUGACAGUUCGUGUUCUUCUGGUUUGAUGCUUUCUCAUCUCUCAGCUAUAUCGCCAUUGACCUGCUCAGCUCGUUUGGAAUUAGGUGGAAGUAAUGGAGAACCCCAACAAUGGGCCAUCCUUCCGAACUGGUUGCGUGGAUUUCUCCUCGCGGAACGCAUUGCCAGAGCUGCCAACGUUGUUGUCGAUUCUGACCUGGCUCUUAUGUCUGAUCCCGCGGUUGCACAAUCCACCGAUUUCUAUACGGAAAUGAUACCCUCUCCCAAUGAGGCAGGUUCAUGGACUUGCUCUGUCCGCUCCUCUGAGCCUAGUGAAUAUUACAGACUUGCAAUCCUUCCAAGUAACUCCCGCCUUGUAGUUGAAAUGAAGGGUAACUGUGGAAAUUCUGCCGAUGAAGUUAUCUCUCGAUCCGAACUACUUUUGAUUCCAGCAUUUAGACUUAUUGUCCCUUCGCUGCAUCUUGGCAGCCCAGAACCCAUUCUCUUAACUUCACGAUCUCCAAAGGCUGAUCUGCUCAUUUUCAUUCCUCCGGCAACAUUGGAUCAGAUGGGUAUGGACGGAAGUAAUGAGAGGGGUCUAAAAGCUCGUUCCCAGCGCCCGGAUUUGUUGGCUAUUAGUUACGCUCCGCAACCAGUUACUUCGACCAAAGUUGUGAAAACUGCUAUUGAGAGAAUGGUUCGAGAAACGGGCAGUACCUCAAAUUGGGGUAGUCUUUUCCGUAACCUCAGUCUAAUGAUGGAGAAUGAGGCGCAAGCGUCGUAUGAACAGGCUCUAGGAAAUAGUAUUCUCUGGUCUGUUGGCAUCAAAACUCUUCCAACUAAGACAGCCACAGAUGCGGUGGUUGAAGUUGUGCUGAGUCUCAAAGUGACUGGUCAACAUAUCACAGUGCCAAUUCGUGUUCAGACAAGAAGUACACAUGCUGGUGAAAUUGGAAGUGAUGCUGAUUAUGAAGAGGAUUCUGACAGUGGGAGUUUCUGGAUUAAUCUCCCUUGGCUUCAUCUCUUAUUACUCAUUUUCCUUACCAUUCUACUUAUUGUGGCCUCCCAAGUUGUGACACGCAGUCUCACCGGUUCAGGCUUUGGAUUCACAGCCCAACAAAAGGGCCUUCCAUCCAUUCCAAAUGGUGGUGGAGCAGCUCCAUUCGCCGGACCCGCCCCACGUCUCUGGAGUCAGGGCUUCGGCGAACCAGGAAGUGGAUUAAUUGCCGGCGGAAUGUCCGGUUUCUCCCCUUCACGAAGUCCACCACGGCUCGCCAACUCUCAGUCGAACAAUUCGCCCUUUGGCGACAACUUGGGACUCUUUGCCGGGGACACACCGGCUCGUUUCAGAGGCUCGCCUUCAAGACUGCGUGAAGCUUUUGAUAACAGUCUUUAG